AGUCUUCACCGCGCUCCUAUAGAGCUCGCGCGCUCUAAACAAAACGGUUUACGUAACAGUGUUACAACAUAAACAAAAACUCACAAAAUAUGCCUCUGUUAAUGGAGUGCUACAUGUUUAUUAUUCUGUGAUAUCAUUAUAGGGUUUAAAUCUAAAUCAGUUUUUAAUUACGUCAAAAACAGUCGGACAUAGUUAAGCUAUAUUUUAAGAAGACUAAUUGUAGGUUUGUUUUGUAGAUUAAUAUCGUAUUAUAAAUUAAUGAGCUGUCAAGUUAUAAUUAGGAUGGGAAGUAAAUAGUUUGAUGAUUUUUAGGAGGCGAAUAUUUGUGGAAUUUGUCGUGCCAAAAGUAUAGUGAGUGGGUGUUGAAGCGUCGGUGUUCUUUAUAUAAGUGUUUAUUUGUGAUAAUGGUGGCUAUGCUGGAGGUCGCUGAAAGGAAUAACAAUGACUACUUUCGAUCUUUUUUACCAGUUGAAUCUGGUCUUUGGUUACAAGUUUUGCCAUCGUCGACUGUUAGAACACUUCUAGAUAAUAUAACUUUCCGCCUUGCAGUUUGUCUUCGCCUGGGGGCAACCUGUAAUAUCUCCCAUCUUUGCCCUUGCGGUGAAAUGGUGUACUCUUCAGGUCAUCACGGCUUAUCAUGCAGCAGAAGUGCUGGUCGUAUCUCUCGGCAUGCAAGUAUUAAUGGUAUCAUCCAUGGAGUUCUUGCUACGGCAUCAGUGCCAGCCAUUCUAGAACCAAACGAGUUGACUCGCGACGACGGUAAGAAACCUGAUGGGAUUUCAUUGGUACCUUGGAGGAUGAGUCGACCCCUAGUAUGGGAUACCAUCUGUGUUGAUACUUUGACGCCAUCUCAUCUUCCAGGAAUUUGUCUCUAG